ACUCUACACACACACUGGAUAUCUCAGUCUUUAUGACGUAGUACGCACGAGUGAAUGGGCGGGGCGGCGUAAACGUUCUAACGCGGGAAUAUACAAACGUUCUUCAAGACCAUAGAAUUCUGCUGCUCGGAAUUCGAUUUUUAUAUCAGAACGUUGCUAUAGUAACUUUGACUGAACGCUCACCAGUCCAGUUUGUCUGCUCAACAGAGAGCGGGCGAUCUCCACUCACAUUAUACGCAUUCAGCAUCGUUUAAAAGAGAAUAUUGACGGCUUUUGAGCGAUCAGAAAACACAUGGAUCACUGUGGGAGGCAAGAGGAGAGGAAACCUCUUACAACCCACACGUGUUUUGGGCAGUAUGCAUACACUGCAGAGGAGUAUCAGGCAGUCCAGAAUGCUCUACGGCAGAAACUCGGACCUGAAUAUAUCAGCACCAGACCGGCUGGAGGAGGGCAAAAGGUGUGCUAUAUUGAAGGUCACAAAGUUAUAAGUCUGGCCAAUGAAAUGUUUGGUUAUAAUGGAUGGUCGCACUCAAUAUCUCAACAAAAUGUUGACUUUGUGGACCUGAUCAAUGGGAAGUUUUAUGUUGGAGUCAGUGCCUUUGUGAAGGUUCAGUUAAAGGAUGGCUCGUACCAUGAGGAUGUAGGAUAUGGGGUGAGUGAAGGCCUCAAAUCUAAAGCUCUGUCACUGGAAAAAGCAAGAAAAGAAGCCGUCACAGAUGGACUGAAAAGAGCACUCAAGUGUUUUGGAAAUGCACUUGGAAAUUGCAUUCUGAAUAAGGAGUAUCUCAUAGCCAUCAAUAAAAUACCAAAGCAGCCACCUCCUCCAUUAGACCUGGACAAAACCAAACGCAGUGAUAGCGAGCCGUCCGUGGAGAAGGCCAGGUUCGACAGCCUGGCCCGAGCCAACAGCAGGGAAUUUAUCAAACUGGCGGAACCAGCCAACAUCCCCUCAGAGCGGAUAGGAAGUCACCCUGUACGAGGAGGUCAUGAGAGCCGCACUGGAUCCAGGACUUCAUUGACAAACACGGCAGCACAUUCUGGCAACACAUCAGCUCACCAGGACUCUGAAAACAGGCCCAGCAACACCUCAAGGUCAGCAGCUGACAUGGCUGACCUGUCCUCGUCCGAUCCUCCACUGGACUCCAAGCAGCAGAGGAAGCUGAGACAGCAGCAGCUGCAGCAAAAGUUCAGACAGGAAAUGGAGGCUAAGAAGCUGCUACAGGAGCAGAAAAGCCAGCAGUCCAACGCUUCCGCUGAGCCGCUACCGUCUAAGCAAGGACAGGCUGUAGGUCCUGUUAACCACAGUACACCAAACGGACACCUGGUGACAACUAAGCAGGAGGAGUAUCUGGCUGAUGACCCGGAAUUAUGGGACUUCACUCUGGACGGCAUCGAUAUGCUCGGCGAUCCCGCAACAGGCUCCACAGAACCUCCCUGUCCCACGACACCGAGCCAACACAAGAUGAUGACGCGCAGCAAGACCCCACAGAGAGCCCAGUACCUGAGACCACCAGCUCAACCUCAGGGCCAUGUUGUUCCUCAAGGCCAGGGAGGAUAUGGCCAGUACAGAUCCUCAGACAUGAGAACUACAGCAGGAGCAGGUGAACCACAGAGCCCAUACAGACACAGCCAGAUGAUGAAGAAACGAAGACUGGACACGUAAUGAAUUUAAAUAUUUAUAGUUUUCUUUUAGAAAUCUUUUUAGAUUUGUUUAUACUAAUUUGUGAAUAUGAAAAACUAAUAAAUGUUUGUUUGUCUUUUUUGACUGAACCUCCUAAUUUGUAA